AUGGCAAUAUUACGAGGCUCAGGUUACGAUGUUACGAUGGGGCUACUUCAAUUAACCCUUGUUGCUGUUGCAAAAAGCGAUAUUCAUAUUGCAUCACUUUUUAAUAUGAUUGCUAGUUUGUUGAAUGUUGUUGGAGCCUCAUGUAAAUGUCGAGAUAUUCUUCGAGAAAGUCAAGCCACUGAAGUUUUUGAGGCAUUAAAAACUAGUGAAAUGAUAAGUUAUCGUAGAUUAAAUCAAGAAACUAGUCUUAAAAGAGCAACAGAUGCACAUUGGGGUUCACAUUAUGGUACAAUUCUAAAUUUGAUCAACAUGUCGUCAACUGUGGUAGAGAUACUUAAUAGUAUUGUUAAGGAUGAUACAAAUUCAGAGCAAAGGGCAGAAGCAUAUGGUCUAUUAGAAGUAAUACAAUCUUUUGAUUUUAUAUUUAGCUUACAUUUAAUGAAAGAAAAAAUGAUUCGUCUUGCUCAAUUUUAUCCAUGUGACUUUUCAUCAACGGAGCUUAUGGCACUUAAUAAUCAACUUGAAACUUAUAUUAUUGAUGUGUGUUCUAAUGAUGAGUUUUCCACAAUUAGGGGAAUUGGUGGUUUUGCUCAAAAGUUUGUCCAAACAAAGAAGAAUUUAGCAUAUCCACUAGUUUACUUGUUUGUGAAAUUGGCAUUGAUAUUACAUGUUGCAACUGCAAGUGUUGAAAGGGCAUUUUCUACAAUGAAAACUGUAAAAAUUCGAUUGCAGAAUUGGAUGAGAGAUCAAUUAUUGAAUGAUUCUUUGAUUACAUAUAUUGAGAAAGAUGUCUUUGAUAGUAUUGAUAAUAAAGCGAUUAUGCAACGCUUCCAGAAAAUGAAAACUCAUCGAGAAUAUCCACUAGUUUACUUGUUUGUGAAAUUGGCAUUGAUAUUACAUGUUGCAACUGCAAGUGUUGAAAGGGCAUUUUCUACAAUGAAAAUUGUAAAAAUUCGAUUGCAGAAUUGGAUGAGAGAUCAAUUAUUGAAUGAUUCUUUGAUUACAUAUACUGAGAAAGAUAUCUUUGAUAGCAUUAAUAAUAAAGCGAUCAUGCAACGCUUCCAGAAAAUGAAAACUCAUCGAGAACAAUUAUAA